UUGGUGAAAUGUCAAAUUCGGGUUUGUUUUGAAAUUUGAGAUUUGUUUUGUGUAUCUAUGCAUAAUUUACGUUAAAAACAAUUUAAAAUGCCUGAUUAUUAUUUUUAUACUUAAAUGACUACAAAUAAAUAAUAUUAUGAAGUUAAUUAACCAUUAUUGUUAAGGUUAUGUUAUUGUGAAUUUUAUAUCGCUUGUUUUCAAAGUGUAACUCGCAAUUAAACCAAUCAACAUGCGUACUUACACUCGAAGGCGCCCAGAAAUCCAGGUAAUUGAGGGCGUACAUAAUUUGUGCCGGCUUUGCCUCGAGAAGUCAGAGGAGAUGUUGCCAAUCUUUGCCGAAGGCUCCGACGGCAUCUGUGCGACGCUAUCACUCCGGAUCAUGAUCUGUGUUGGAUUGGAGGUUACAAAUGAAGAUUGCCUACCAAAUUUAAUAUGUGCAAAUUGUCACAAAGAACUCAAUAGGUACUACACAUUCAGAAAAAAAUGUGAGGUUUCUUAUCAGAAACUAAAGUUCCACUUACAAGCAACAAGGGAGAAGGAGAGCUUACAGAAGGCGAUAGAAGAAAGGGAACAAGAACAGGGAAUGAGAGAUAAUAUACAUUGUUUAGAUAAGUGUGAUAAGACAUUUACGAGGGAUGAAUUCUCUGACAUACAUGUACUGGAAUUAAAUACCUUAAAUAAUAUUAUUGUUAAUAGGGAGAAAUCAACAGAAUUACAAGAGAGUUGUAAUGUUAAUACAGAAAUCGUUAAUUGCACGGACAGUAAAGAGAUUGAGGCACAAAUUCAUGACGCAGACAAUCCUGAGAUAUCAUCAUUCUUAUCAACAGUGUUGAUUCAACUCGGUAUAUUAGAGCACCAAGAUUCUACCAUGUCUAUAAUGGAUCAUGGGGUUCAUACCCUGGAGCUGGUGAUGGGUGAUGAUGACACGGUGAUGUUGGAACUCACGGAGGAAGAUGAUGAUAGUGCAGAAGAAAGUCAAGCUCUCGGUAUAGAUAAAUCAAAUCCAGUAGUUUUAAAUGGCAUAUUUAGUGGGAAUGACAAAUGUGAAGAAGAUGCAGCUACGAUUGACAAAGCUGAGGAGCAAGUUAUGACAAUAAAAUGGAAGCCGGAGCCGGCGUCGAUGAAUGCGGCGGGUGUGGCGGGCGCGGGGGCGGGCGCGGGGGCGGGCGCGGGGGCGGGCGGCGGCGCGUGGUGCGGCGCGUGCCGCAAGUGGCUCGCCACGCGCGCCACGCUGCGCCGCCACCUGCGCGUGCACACCGGCGAGCGCCCGCACGCCUGCCGCGACUGCGGGCGACGCUUCGCGCAGCGCGAGGUGCUGCAGCGACACCGCCUGCUGCACCAAGCGCCGCCCGUUCGAGUGCGCGGAGUGCGGCAAGGGCUUCACGCAGCGCGGCGCGCUCACGACGCACGCGCGCUCGCACGCGCCGCCGCACGCGCGCGCGCUGCACCUGCACGCCUGCGCCUGCUGCCCCAAGGUCUUCCUCUGUCCUCUACCCUCCAGUGA